AUGCAACCUCUACAAGUGAUGCAACAAGCUCCAAUACAAAUACCAGUACCACAACCAUACCCAGUACCUGUCCCUGUUCCUCAACCAGUCCAACAACAAUUCGUGCCUCAGUACCAACCUGUCCAACAACAAUUCGUGCCUCAGUACCAACCUGUCCAACAACAAUUCGUGCCUCAGUACCAACCCGUCCAACAACAAUUCGCUCCCGUGCAAUCAUUUGCUCCACCUCCUGUAUCGUUUGCUCCACCACCUCAAAGCUUUGCUCCACCCCCUGUAUCGUUUGCUCCACCACCUCAAAGCUUUGCUCCACACCCUGUAUCGUUUGCUCCACCCCCUCAAAGCUUUCCUCCUCAGCAGUUUGGUGUUCAACAACAAGGAUUUGGUGGUGGCUUUCCUCAAGGAGGUUUUGGUGGUCAACAGCCUCAAGGACGAAUGAUUUGCUGUUGUUUUCCGGCUCCGCAGUAA